ACUGUCAUCUCACAACUUGCGAAGGGAAAUUGCUUUCCUUUUUACUUGUCACAGUAUUUACUCAGACUGUCCCAAAAAGUCUAAUUUAUUGAUCUACAAAAUUAACAUUAUGCCACCUCCCUCAAAGCUGCGUGGGCUCAGAGCAGUAAAGAAGCUCAAAGAUAAUUUGUCAAUAUUCAUUGCAACUAGUUUUCUGCUCAUAAAGGUGCGCUAUGUUUUCCAAACGUCGACUAAUAUAAAUUUUUCUCUACGUUUUCUUCCGCUUAUUCUAAUCAGUUGCUUAACACAGAUAAGGAUAUGCCGUAACAAAGCACACCUUGGAAGUUCGCUAAAGACUUGUUCAAUAGGAAAUUUGUUGAACCAGUUGUAUAUUGAACUGAGGGAAGAUAUUAAUUAUGUGAGUGUACAACAAUAACGUCAGAAGAUAGAUGAAAACUGCGAGCUUUCUACACCAUUGCUAAAGCUGGUAAGUCAGAACGAUCAUGUCGCUGUACACGGAUUCAGAUUCAGCAACGAUUGGGAUCACUACUAUGUUCUCCAUUCUGAUCAGCACGAAUCUCACCGGUAACGCAAUCGUGGGUCUGGUUAUUAUUUUCUACCGGGAUAUGAGAACCCCUAUGAACGUCCUACUUCUAAACUUGGCGGUGGCAGAUGCCAUGGUGGCCUUGUUCAUCGCGCCGCGCUUUAUUUUGAUUCACACCUUCGAACAUCCAGAUGGACAAGCAGGGACAUGGGUCUGCAGGCUUCUGACUGGGGGAAACCUUACUUGGACUGGUGGUGCUGCAUCAGUCUUUACACUUGUGGUAAUUGCGUUUGAACGAUAUUACGCCGUGACGUAUCCUUAUGGAAACAAAGGGAAACUUACGUACAAUAAACUAAAGAUCGUCAUACCGUUAUCAUGGAUCGGUGCAAUUCUUCUCAACAUUCCUCUAUUUCUGACAAUACAUUUUGACAAAAAAAAAAACUUCUGCAUGGAAUACUGGCACCCACAUGACUGGCUUCCCAAGGCAUAUAGCUCCAUUUGGUUCUUUGUUGCUGGACUUAUCCCAAUAGUGCUGAUGACUGUAUUGUAUUCCAAAGUAGUAUAUGCGCUCUGGUUUAAAAAAGAGGAUGGUACUGUAAAAAACAUGACACAAAACACUCGGCAGGGCGUGAUAAGGGUGAGAAAACGUGUCACCAAAAUGGUACUGGUCGUGAGUGUAAUUUAUGGUUUAUGCUGGUUACCAAACCUGAUCAUUUACGCCUUGAACUACUUCAGUCCUUCGCAGAACUAUGGAGAUGUUACUUACAUCACAAGUAUCGUUCUGGUCACGUGCAAUUCUACUGUGAAUCCUUUUAUUUACGUCUUCACAUAA